AUGCUAUCUGUCCUGCUGAUUCUCUCAGGGCUGGGCCAGCUGACAUCCGCCGGCCGUCACUCUGUAACAUCACUUCUGCAAAUUACAGUGCCGCAGAAGAUUGUGAAAGACACCAAGGACGGCAGGGCUUCAGACACGAAUGUCACUUAUGCCAUCAAAAUUAAUAGGAAAACGUUCACUCUCCAUCUUGAAAAACAAUCAUUUUUAGACUCUGGCUUCCUGGUAUAUUCAUACAACAAGUCAGGGAUAUUGCAUCCAGAUUCUUCAUUUAUAAAGGGCCAUUGCUUUUAUCAAGGGUAUGCCAAAGAGAUUCCAAAUUCAGUCGUGACAGUUAGCACCUGUUCCGGACUCAGGGGAUUAUUGCAGCUGGAGAAUAUCAGUUAUGGAAUUGAACCAUUGGAAUCUUCAGCUACAUAUGAGCAUAUGAUUUAUCAGAUAAAGGAUAAUAAAAGUGAUUUUCCCCCCAUAGUAAAAAAUCAUUCUACAACUCAAUUUCCAGAUCAGCCCUUCAAAAUCCUCGUGAAAUCAGAAAAAAAAUCAGAUGUGCUAUUGAAAAGAAUUCUGAAAAUACAAGUGAUUAUAGAUAAAGCCUUGUAUGAUUAUAUGGGCUCUGAAGUGGCACUUGCAUCUGAGAAAGUUGUCUAUAUCUUUAGCCUUAUCAACAAUAUGUUUUCCCAGCUUAAAAUGACUAUUAUGUUAACUUCUCUGGAGCUCUGGUCAGAUAAAAAUAAGAUUUUAACUAAUGGGGAUGCUAAUGAAAUGCUACAAAAAUUUGUGUCAUGGAAAGAAAAAAAAUUAUUCCAAAGGUCCCAUGAUAUGGCAUACUUGUUGAUUUAUAGGGACCAUCCUAAUUACAUAGGAGCAACAUAUCACGGAAUGGCAUGCAAUCCCAAGUUUGCUGCAGGAAUUGCUCUGUACCCAAAGAUGAUAAGUUUAGAGGCAUUUUCAGUUAUUUUGGCACAGUUGAUUGGAAUUAACCUGGGAUUAACAUACAAAAGUGACAUCUACAAUUGUGACUGUCCAGGAAAUAUAUGCAUAAUGAAUCCUGAAGCAAUACGUUCCCGUGGUGUGAAGUUUUUUAGCAGUUGCAGCAUAGAUGAAUUUAAAAGUACAGUUUCACAGCCUGAAUUUGAAUGUCUUCAAAAUCAGAUAAUUUCCAAAGUGGUUUCCCAAGGACAAGUUGCAUCUUGUGGGAAUGGAGUUUUGGAUGCGGGUGAGCAAUGUGACUGUGGAGAUGCAGAGAGAUGUAGUCAUAAAAAAUGCUGUAAUCCUAAAACUUGUGAACUGAUUACAAAUGCAGAGUGUGGUACUGGGAUUUGCUGUGACAAAGAAACCUGUCAGAUAGCUGAAAGAGGAACUCUAUGUAGGAGAAGCACAGAUGUGUGCGAUUUUCCAGAAUAUUGCAAUGGGAUAACUGAAUUUUGUGUACCUGAUGUGAAAUCUGCUGAUUUAGAAACAUGCAAUAAUAAGACUGCCUUUUGCUUUCAAGGAUUGUGCCGAGAUCCAGAUAAGCAGUGUGCAGAGUUAUUUGGAAAAUUUGCAAGGGGAGGUUCUGAUCUAUGUUCACAACAUGUGAAUGGCCAAACAGAUAACUUUGGAAACUGUCGUGGUCGAUUUUGUCGUUAUCGGGAUUUGGGUUGUGGAAAGAUAGUUUGUACCUGGAUGCGUUCAGAAGUAGUGCCAUUUAAAAAUUUUGAUACUCAGUAUACUUACUAUAAAGGCCUUUUAUGUGUAUCUGCACAACUAAGAAAUUCGACACCAGUAAAUUUACCGGAGGAUUUUACCUAUACAUGGGAUGGCACUAUGUGUGGUCCAAAACAGUUUUGUAUGAGAGGAUCUUGCACAAAUAUCAGUGACUACGUACAAAGACCAAACUGUAACUCCACAGCACGAUGCCGUGGACAUGGGGUUUGCAAUACUCAGCUCAAUUGUCACUGUGAUGCUGGAUAUGCUCCUCCAGCAUGUGAACCAUCACCCUCAUCGCCAGGAGGAAGCAUUGAUGAUGGGUUUUGGAUUUUGGAAGAUGAAGAUGUAAAAUAUACAAAACUCUUGUUAAAACGACCUCGUGCUUCUCAAAAAAAAGGUCUCUUGAUCAGUUUCUACAUUUUCCUACCUUUGCUCAUUCUAAUUGCCCUCAUUACUCUUAAAUGUAAUAAAAAGAAGAUAUUUCAGGACAAAGAGGGUACAGUAAGUGAAGAAUCUCUAUCAGAAGCCAGCAGCAGUAAAAGCAACAAUCUUACAUUUAAAG